ACUAAAGAGCAUACAUACAUUUCGCAGGUUAUGAGCAACAACAACCAUACCUCAGCUCAUCACCAUCAUCAGAACAACAAUUCCACUCCAAUAGAUUGAUUUUCUUUCUCUUUCGCUCAGAGCGCCACAGGCACUUUCAAGCUUAAGACAACACUCCGGUCGAAUUUCACAAACGAAAUUCCCCGGAAGAGAACCCUGUACAAAAUCACGUAGCACUCUACGGUACAAAUUCUCAGAACCCUGGUGUCAACAUAACAACAACACCUACCAUGGCGCCGACAAGGAAGAAGUCGACAACUCCAACACAACAACACGUACGGGGAGCAACACCGAGCAGGAGCAGCACCCGAAAACCCAAACCCAAGACCCCAGCAAUCGGAAGAUACCUCACCAGAACACCCCCGAGAAACACUCCAAUAUCCACAGGAAGAAAACUACAGCUCUCUCCGUACGAUGGAACGAUACAGAGAGAACUAAGAGCCCUGGAAAGAGUAUUUCCCCUCCACUCAACACCAGCAAUAUACGACAAAACACUCUUCCCAUUCAAACCCAAAUAUCCACCAACUCCAACGAGUUAUGCGACUCACCUAACCGUGGUUCACACUAAGGAACUCAACAGCACGGAUAAAAUCACAGCCUUGGGUGAUAACUUACAGGACUUAUUACACCGGAACCACUUCCAAAUCAUCGACAAAGACACAAGAUACCACUACAGUAUUGCCUUCAUCGAGUAUAUGGACUCACUACUCCCACCCAAUAAGGAAACCCCACCGGAAGCAAUCCCAGCUCGCCGACAAUCCAAACCACCAGCACACCUAGCGACUACUCCAAAUAGCCCAGACCCCCCCUCAAAGGAUGACCUCCUAAAACUCGCUGAACAGAACCACCACACAAAGGAACAGCCUACCAUAACCAGCGAUAGUGAAUCCUCUAUGAGCUCAUUGGACAUUCCCCCAGCUGCACUCAUCCAACGCUUUGCACGGGAACAGCAGGAACAUCAAAAAGCACRUGGAACAUCACUUGCAUCCUCUGAAGAACAACUAACUGACCCGGAGGACAUGGAAAGCCCAACGAAGCGGAGUAUCGACGACCGUAUUAUACAAUACGAAAAACAAUAUGAAACAAUUGAUACGGAAAUCCAAUCAAUUAAAGACAGCUUCGACCCACAAACACCCCCGCAACUGGUGAUGGAGGAAGACACCAAAUGGACAAGACACCUUGCACUAAUUGACCAACGGAUAAGCCAACUGCAAAUGGGAUAUGAAACAGCCCUUCAAGCCACCACAACUGAACUACACGCCACCAAGGAGGACCUCAAUACCACCAAAGUGAAGCUCAACACAGCAACAGUAGAUCUCCAAACAGCCCUCAAAACUGUCGACACCUUGAAGACUCAAUUACAGUCCCAAACUGCAGAAAUUCAAGACACCCUUCAUACAAAUAAAGUUCUCCAAACCAAUCUGGAUGCGGCUGCAACAACCACUUGGGCCCUGGACCAACGAACAAAUAAGGCUAACACAGUCCUCGCCUCAAUUAAGAAUGAGACAAUUCAACUCAAACACCUCAGGGAUGAAGCAAGCAGCAUUACAACCAAGACACCCACCCUCAUCACAGCAGAACUCACUGAUAAACUCAACGAUCUUGUCGAACAGAGCACAGCACAACUGCAAGAACGAACAAAAGCCAUUGAGAUUCAAGUGACAAGUGCAGUUCUUGAACAAACCCGACUCAUGGAAUCCACGCUCGAAUCAACCAUUCAAGAUAUCAUCCAUGAUAAGUUAGAACAUAAGGCUCACAUAGUACAGAGCCUGAAGGAUACUGUCAUCUCCCAAGCUAAAAGAGAAAUCAUCACACAAGCAAGUGAAACAAUCAAGGAGGUCAACAACGACCUCACCAAAACAAAGAACAACUUAAAACAGAUCUGCAACAACCACCUGGCAAAACUCACGUCACACAAGCAGGAAAUAACCCAGGAAAUGGACCAAUCAGCUUCAGCCGCACAGGAGAAUAUAGCAAUCACCAAGCACAUAGCGGAAGCGGAUAUCACCCGCUCAGUUAAGGAGCAUUUGGAGACCAACCCAACAGUCGAAGAAACUAUCAACACCCAAAUCACCUCGUCUCUUAAGUCGAUUGUGGCAUCCAACCACUUCCACACUGACAUUGAUACAACCAUUCAUGCAUAUGUAACCCAAUCACCUACACUCAAAGACCUAAUUCACUGCCAAGUCAACGACAUCAUGGCAAACAAUCCCAAGAUUCCACCACAAUACCAAAAAGAAAAACAAAAUAAAAAUCAGUACAACACCAACAAAGACUACAGUCAACCACACCCUCCGACGACUACAAUUGGCAGUAACACACCAUUUGAUACCAGAGGGGAUAGUGACAGAAACUUUGAUGUCUACACCGAUAGGAAACACCAGAUAUGGGAUGAAAAAUCAACCCACUACCAUAACCAUCGGAUUAGCAAAGCAAUCCAUGCCAUGGAUUUCAAAGAAUUCAACCACAACCUUAUUCCCUCUACUAACCGGUACCUCACCUCCGCAGAAUUCACAGCUUUAUACAAUGAACUAUACGGAAUGAUGCAACUGGAGAGCCUACCCCUGGUACACCUGGAUGAUCUACCAAACUUGGAGACAUGCAUCCCACCAGACCACACAGAAACUGAAGAAAAUAUCAAGAAGAUUGGUGCAUAUAUCUAUCRCCGCAUCUCUCGCCUUCUUCCCCCAGAACACCUCCUCCUACGGGGCCUCAUCUCCCAAUAUUCCCAGCACAGCAGGGGAUACGAAGCCCUAUAUGCAUUAGCCAGACACUCGCUGGACUACUUAAAACCCACCCAAAACGGCUGGGGCCCAGAAUGGACAGCAAAAGAUGACCCUGGCACCUAUGUGGGAAAACUGCAGGAACAUGUGAGAACAUGUCGACUGAGCCGUAAUCACAAAUAUACGGAAUUCGAACAAAGUCACGAAUUAGUGUAUCAAGCAAUGACACACUUCAAUUAUACGGCAGGAUGCUGCCUCCUGGUUCAACUAGACAACCAUCGCAGACUAACUCCAGGCUUUCGAACAAAACCGGUACCCGAGCACUUACAACUCACCGCUCUAACAAACUUCAUCCUGGACCACCCUAAUAUUAUCCCAACCGCACAACAACAUACCCCUGCAACCAUCACAAAAAUUGAUGCAAGUAAGAGAAAGAAGUUCGAAUACAAAAACAAGGUUCAAUGUGAAUGUUGCAAAACAUAUGGUCAUAACAUAGGUGACCAAAUCUGUCGCUUCGGAGCACAAAUGCACUUUGCUCAGAAAUACGCAUCAACACAACCAGUGGAUUUCAGAAACAAUGCAGUGAAACACAACAACAUGCACACCCAAAAGGUGGUAAACCACUUCGAGAGUACGUUGCACGACCAACCUAUCACACGCGAAGACCAUGAACGUGGCCGGGAAGACCUUGCCCAGCUUUUCUCACCGGUGACACCAGAUGAAGAAUAGGAUACAUGCCAUGUUCUUAGCGGAGCUCGGCCUACAACGCAACAUGAUCCCCCAUCAUCUUACAAUCUUACUACGCGGGAUGAAUACGGAUCCCUAUCACGUGACAACCGCAGAAUCCCAUUACCACGACUCACUCCGCACGAUAAUGACAUCUUCACACACACCCAUACAUCAGGCGACACACCCAACAAAACAGCACAAACAAAUGGACUACGCCCAC